AGAAUAUAAAAACAUAUUAUUAUUAAUACUACAUUAAAAGUAAAAAUGGAAAAUUGGCAAUUGAUGAAUUUUUUGUUGAUAAUAUCCUUUUUGAUAUUUAAUGAAGCAAUUAAAAAAGAAUAUUUAGUCAGUGAAAAAAUAUGCCAAUUUGAAAAAGAUACGACGAGAUAUGCUGCUGCACAUGGUGACUUAGAAAAAUUAAAAGUAGCUCACAAGAGUGGAUGUAAUUGGGAUCAAAAUACGACUACUGAAGCUGCUGCAAAUGGACAUUUAGAAUGCAUAAAAUAUGCACAUGAUAAUGGAUGUCGAUGGGAUGAAAGGACAACAGAAGCAGCUGCAAAAUAUGGUAAUUUAGAAAACUUAAAAUAUGUUAGACAAAGUGGAUGUAAAUGGGACGAAAAAACAACAAGGGCUGCUGCUGCAAAUGGACAUUUACAAUGUUUAAAAUAUGCACAUGAUAAUGGAUGUCCAUGGGAUGAAAGCACAACAGAAGCAGCUGCAAGUCAUGGUAAUUUAGAAAACUUAAUAUAUGUUAGACAAAGUGGAUGUAAAUGGGACGAAAAAACAACAAGGGCUGCUGCUGCAAAUGGACAUUUAGAAUGCUUAAAAUAUGCACAUGAUAAUGGAUGUCCAUGGGAUGAAAGCACAACAGAAGCAGCUGCAAGUCAUGGUAAUUUAGAAAACUUAAAAUAUGUUAGACAAAGUGGAUGUAAAUGGGACGAAAAAACAACAAGGGCUGCUGCUGCAAAUGGACAUUUACAAUGUUUAAAAUAUGCACAUGAUAAUGGAUGUCCAUGGGAUGAAAGCACAACAGAAGCAGCUGCAAGUCAUGGUAAUUUAGAAAACUUAAAAUAUGUUAGACAAAGUGGAUGUAAAUGGGACGAAAAAACAACAAGGGCUGCUGCUGCAAAUGGAAAUUUAGAUUGCUUGAAAUAUGCAAAUGAAAGUGGAUGUCCAUGGGAUGAAAACACAACAAAGGCUGCUGCUGCAAAAGGGCAUUUAGAAUGUUUAAAAUAUGCGCAUGAAAAUAGAUGCAAAUGGAACAAAGGCGUGACUGCAAUAGCAGCAGCGUUUGGAAAUCUGGAUUGUUUAAUAUAUGCUCAUAAAAAUGGAUGUAAAUUGGCAAAAUACUCAACAUGGAAUGCUGCUGCAGGUGGUCAUUUAGAUUGUUUAAAGUAUGCAUAUGAAAGUGGAAGCGAAUGGGAUGAUACAAUAUCGGCUAAAGCUGCUUCUAUUGGUAAUUUAGAAAUUUUAAAAUAUGCUUAUAAAAUUGAACACCAAUGGUAUAAAGACACAACAAGAUUAGCUGCUUCAAAAGGUUACAUAGAAAUUUUAAAAUAUUCCUACGAAAAUGGAUUUGAUUGGUCUGAGGGUACCAUUAGAGCUGCUGCAAAAGGCGGCUAUUUAGACUGCUUAAAAUAUGCACAUGAAAAUGGAUGCAAAUGGGAUGAUGAUACAGCAAGAGUUGCUGCUGAGAAUGGAAAUUUAGAUUGUUUAAAAUAUGCUUUUGAAAUUGGAAGUAAAUGUGAUGAAACUAUAACAAGAGUUGCUGCUAGGAAUGGACAUUUAGAUUGUUUAAAAUACGCUUACGAAAAUGGUUGUCCAUGGGAUGAAAGCACAACAGAAGAAGCUGCAUAUUUUGGUAAAUUAGAAUGCUUAAAAUAUGCUCAUGAAAAUGGCUGUAAGUGGAAUGAUGGUACAACAAGAGUUGCUGCUUUAAUGGGUCAUCUCGACUGUUUAAAAUAUGCUCAUGAACAUGGAUGCGAAUGGAACGUUGGCACAUGUAAAGCUGCUAUUCAAGGUGGUAUGGUCCACUGUUUAAAAUAUUGCCACGAAAAUGGAUGUGAUUGUAGUAAAGAUAUAACUAAAGUUGCGGCUAUGUAUGGGGAGUUAGAUUGUUUAAAAUAUGCACAUCAAAAUGGGUAUCAGUGGAAUGAAAAGAUAACAGAGGUAGCUUUUUUUUAUUCUAACUAUGAUUGUUUAGAAUAUGCUCUUGAAAAUGGAUGUAAGUGGGAUGGAGGUACAACGGUUAGAACUGCAAUGCUUGGUUAUUUAUAUUUAUUAAAAUAUGCUUAUGAACAUGGAUAUAAUUGGGUUGAAGGUACGAUAAGAGGAGCUGCUGCAAAUGGACAUUUAGACUGCAUAAAAUUUGCUAAAGAAAAUGGUUGUGAAUGGGACGAAGGCACAACGAGAGAAGCUGCUGCUAUUGGUUGUAUUGAGUGUUUGAAAUUUGCAUAUGAAAAUAAAUAUAAGUGGGAUGAAGGAACAAUGAGUGCAGCAGCUGCAAAUGGCCAUUUAGACUGCCUAAAAUAUCUUUAUAAAAAUGGAUGCAAGUGGGACGAAGCCACGACAAGACUUGCUGCUGCAAAUGGUAAAUUUAACUGCAUAAAAUACGCCCAUGAAAAUAACUGUCCAUGGAGUAAAAAUACCAUAUAUGAAGCUACUCGAAAAUAUCAACAUGAUAUAGUAAAAUAUGCUACAGAAAAUGGUUGUCCUAAUUAGUAUUCAAUUAUAUAUUUUUAUUAUAAUCAUAUAAGUUGACUAUAUAUAUUAUUUUUAAAUAAACUGUCUUAAUAUUUGAUGCUAUACAGGGUGUUCAGUAAGUCAGGAA